AUGUAUCAAUAGGGAAACAACUAUGAUUUUAAGAUAAUUUUAGGGAGAGUGAAGGAGAAGAAUAUGCGUUUGAGACUGUAGUACAGUUAGACGAAGAGUGAAGAUUAUGAGAUAGUGAUCAAAUUAAAGGUGAAGAGCGACAUCGAUGUGAAGAGUGCCGAUAGCGAAUUCAAGGAGAGGUGUAAGAGUACUUACACUAUUCUAACAUCGUUUGUGUAAUAAAGAAUCUAGACGAUGUUAGGAAAUAGAUACGAGAUUUUUUGAAGCCCACAUUUGCACUCAGUUAUCAUGUAGAUGAACAAUAUGCAUACAUCACUUUUAAAUAUGCUAAUCAAGUUGAGUUGUAGGAGUUUAUGGAGAUCUGUUAAUUCAUUCGGGAGACAAUGGAAAGGCGUAGGAAAGGGAAGAGGUGGAAUUAUUGAUUGAAAGUGAUUUAUCAUUUGAAAAAUUGAGUGAGAGCAUAUCUAAUGCUAUUUAUC